UCCCGUAGUAGUCAGUGCUCAGUAUGUCGUUGUCUUUCGUCUUCGUCCUGUAAUAUUAUGUCGGUAUUGUCGGUGCCCUUGAUUAUAUGAAUGUAAUAUAUAAUCAAGGGUCGGUGCUAAUUCGAUGGAAUCCGCCAUUUGCCAUUUGUUAUCUUCUGCUUUAUUGUUUGAAUGCUUCGUUUGAUAUCUCUUUGAGAUUGAAAAAUUUGAUUUCGGGUCUAAUCUACAAUACUAAGUACAAAUAAAUUAGGUAUCCGUCAAUUCGGUUGUGAUGUGUUUUCUUUGUGUUCGCGUUUCGAUGAAUUCAUCAGCUCAAAUUCAUUAGGUGUAUUUGGUUCAUUGGUCGUGAUACUAUACUGUGCUUGUGACUUUAUGUUUGUGUUUAGAAAAAUUUGCCGGGUUAAAUUUGUUACUCAGUACCUACUACCUACGCCAUUCUGUAAUCUAUUCACCGUCACCUCGUCUGGAAUUUCAAUGUCGCGUUAAAAAAACCAACAUGAAAUAUGCGGAGACGAUGUCAGUCGAAGUUAUCGUAUCAACAAAGUUUACAAUUAUGCAUUCAACCAGUUGAAACCGAUGAAUAAUUUAAAAGUUGAAGGUAUCUCGUGUGGUGCGCUUUAUAAUGUAAAAUAUUCGCGACGUUUUAAAUUACUCGCCUACGAGCUCUUUGGUAUCGGUUUGAUUCGUUGGUAAAUAUUGCACGGUGUAAAGUUAUGAAAAAAAUGAAACAUAGGCUCACAUCCUCGUAAUUAUUCGCGUAUUUUUUUUUUCGUGAUUUCAAUACUGAGAGCUGAUCUUAAAUUCGUUUCAUUUCUCGAACGUCGGUCGGCACGUGUUCCUAUGAUGAAGAAACUUUUCAAGCUGAUUUCUACGUUGAUUUUAUUAAGUGAUUUAACGAAAUAUUUGGACUCUUAUCAAGUGAAAGAUACAACCAGCAUGUUGGAAUUAAUACACGGAAAAGAAAGUAGUACUCAGAAAAAUCGUAAAUUUCUCGAAGAAUUCUUGCACGACAUUCCCACUCCCGGAACUGGACCAUAUUUCGACAAAUCAGCCUCAGCAAACGUGACAGGCCUGGUUGGAAAAACAGCUUAUCUCAGAUGCAGAGUGAAAAAUAUUGGAAAUCGCACGGUGUCUUGGAUCAGGCACAGAGAUAUACAUUUAUUAACAGUUGGAAGAUAUACUUAUACAAGUGAUCAACGUUUCGAAGCGAUACAUUCGCCUCACACAGAAGACUGGUCUUUAAGAAUAAAAUAUCCUCAACGUAAAGACUCGGGUAUUUACGAAUGCCAAAUCAGCACGACGCCUCCGAUAGGCCAUCAGAUUCAUCUGAAAGUUGUAGAGCCACGAUCAGAAAUCCUCGGAGGGCCCGAAUUAUUCGUAGAUAAAGGCAGCACCAUAAAUUUAACUUGUUUAGUCGAGUUCACCGCAGAAAUUCCAACCACCGUUCAAUGGAGUCAUGAAAAUAAACCGAUAAAUUUCGACUCUCCCAGAGGUGGUAUUAGUCUGGUAACGGUUAAAGGACCAACGACCACUAGUCGUCUGCUAAUACAGAAAGCAUCACCGACGGAUAGCGGAGAAUACGCUUGCGAUUCGUUGGUAGCAACGCCGGCCAUUAUCAGGGUACAUAUACUAAAUGGAGAACAUCCAGCAGCGAUGCACCAUGGUCAUGCUAAUAUUCCACUAUGCCCUCCAUUUAUAAGCGCCUUAAUCGUACCGUUUAUUUUAAUCUUUCAAAGUAUUAACUGUUAGAUAAUUCACUUUAUAAACAACUUCGUCACCCAAAGGUACAUACUAAUUCGAGUUACCAAAAUUUUUUUUUCUCCCCUUGAAUUUGUAUAUUCGUCUGUUUAUAUAAUUGUAUAUAAAGUGUAAGUAUUUUUUAAAUGUUUUAAUAAUGGAUAUUCUGUACUCUGGGUGUUCUGCGGUUGAGAUGAUGAAUGAUUUUCCUAGUGAUGCUGCAACCCUUGUUAAACGAAAGUUAAUUUGGUUGCCGAUCUUGGAAACUGAAAGGAGCAUGGUCAGAAGGUAUCUGCUUGAUUUUUAUACAAUAAAAUGGCAGAGGAUUUUCAUCAAUUUUAGCUCGAGAGCUGCUUUUGGAGUGGAGAAAUGAGGGGCAUUUUGGAAAAAAUCGUGGUGUUUUUUCACUCAAGCCCUUGUCUAACCUGUUUUGGGGAAAAUGGUCCAGUCUCAAAUGGGUCAUUCCUCGUCAAUUCGACCAAGAAGUGAUAAGGAAGGUCGGCGAUUUUUUCGAAAUUUUCCCUGCGGAAAGACCUUCUGAAAGGAUGACCAAUGGCGCAAAUCGCAGCCCUCUAGCCGUUUUUUAAAGGCUGCUAGGGGGUGUCAAAGUUGUCAGUGAAUUUAAAAUAUCAUCCAUUUCAACAGAGGGUUACUCGAUAACCGCGAUACCUACCAAAACGAAACUUUUUCCGAUAGUUAAUGGUUUUGAAAGGCUUUUUGGUGAUAUCAUAAAAAUCAGUGUUGCCACUUUUUUUCGUACGAAAAAUUAGAUUGAAAAGUUUCAAAACGUAGUUUUUAUAUCGUUCCGCCUUUCAAAAAUGCUGAAAAAAAUAUAUUAUGGACAACUUUUUAUGCUGAACAACAUAUUAAAAAAUUGGGAUGGCGUUAUUUCGUAAAAUCGAUUUGAAAAAAUUGAAAGUUUGCGAAAAAGUGCAAUUUUUUUUAUUUAAAACAUGAAAAAAAGUUUUGAUUGGUGAAGUUGGCCCAUUUGACCCCUAUUUUUAAGUAUCCGUUGAAAAAGUUGAAAAAGCCCCUUCACUCGAUGAAAUAAACUCAUCACAAAAAAAUCAAAAUUCGAAAAAAUUCAAAAAAUAAACGAAUUUUAAUUUUUUUUUUGCUUUGAGUGUAAUUUUCAUCAACUUUUUCAUGAAAUACGUCAGAAAGAGGUCAAAAUAAGACAACUGAAUAAAUUUAAACUUUUUCUGAUGUUUGGAAUU